AUGGCACCACAACUAACCAUCAUUCCCGGAAUUGGGUUAUGGCACGUUCAUGGCCAUCAGGACAGCUGCUAUGUCCGAUAUGCUUCUAACUUUAUUGAAGGCAUUGGUCGGAUCGAUGGAGAGAUCAUGGAGACGCUAUGGGCACGGCUCAAUUUGAUCUCCCCUGCUGCUCGGGGAAUGUCAUCUCCCCACCGAAAGGAAUGCCUUGAUUAUCAGAUGAAUGACUCCAAUUUCUGCAAGAUGAUUCACAUGAAAAGGACUCUAUGCCGGAAAUACAAACUGGCUAGGAAUGGUAUCUUAGAAAGUGGAAAGGCAUUCGACAGACUCGAUGAAGCAGCACCCUUACAUUUGAAGACAGAAUGGUUAGCCAGGGAGAGGAUAGCUCAGUCAAGCAGAUUGAAUGAUCCUUCAGCCAUGGAUGAAUAUGAGAUCAAUAUCAAAAAGGCACCUAGCAAAAAGGAGAUCGAGCUUAGAUUGUUAGAGGAGGGUAAUGCCCGCAAUGCAGCACCCUCUCGGAGAUCUGUGGCGACAUGGAUAUCAACAGGGUUAGCAAUUGAAGAGGCUCAGAUUGCAUUGCUCAUCGAGGUCCGAAGGAUCGGAAGAAGAUUUACCGAGACACAGAGAUUAGACAUCGCCCGUCAAAGAGAUCGGCUCCAAGGCCAGAUAGAUGGAUUUGCUCGGUCUGCUCUAACACAUCUCGGGGAGGGAUUUGAUGCAGAUGAUGAACCUGAAGACUUGGACGUAGACAUUCUAGAUGAUCUCGAUGAUGACCCGGCGGAUUUCACAGAGACAUCUCACACAUGGACAAACUCUCCCGAGCUAACUGUAAUCCCAUUGCCAUCAAACCUGGGGGUUGAUAGAUGCAGACAAUGCAUGGCAGAGGAUCUGAUUCCCCUGGAGAUGUCACUUCAUGAAGGGCAGGCCAAUGAUGCCCUUCACAAUCUCCGCAUUUACCUUUGCAACAAGGCCAUCCUGUUCCGAACAACCGUUAGGCAGGCCAAAUCCCAGGCCCUGAAAACUCGAGCUUGGUCCCAGGUGACAUCGGUGCAGCAGGCAGUCUCCCUCCAUGCCAGCAUAUAUACAAAGACAAGGAAGCAAAUGAUGAAACUUGAGCUGGGGCAAGACCAGCUUCAGAAAUACAAACCCCUGCUUCGCGAGCAACUCAAAAUCAGCACUGCAGUGGGAGACCCAAAUGCCUGA